AUGCGUGAACAAGUAGAGGAAAUGUUAUACCUAGGGAGCAAAAUCUGCACAUCUGAUGGCAACAGUGACCGCGAGAUAAAACAACGCAUAGCAUUAGCAAAAAUUGCCUUUAGUAAAAAACAUAAGUUGCUCACUUCAAAGAAGAUACGUCUCGAUAUCAAGAAGAGACUUAUAAAAACAUAUGUAUGGAGUGUUGCGACAUACGGAUGUGAAACUUGGGUAAUAAAUGAUACCGAAAAGAAAAAACUAGAAGCCUUCGAGAUGUGGUGUUGGAGACGUAUGGAAAGGAUACGCUGGAUAGAGCGGAUAACGAAUGAAGAAGUACUUAGAACAGUGGGAGAAAAACGUACACUCGUAGAUGUGAUUAGAGAAAGACGCUGGAAAAUGGUCGGACAUGCCGUGAGACAUCCAGAAGAAUUGCAUAAUAUAAUAUUAGAGGGUAUGAUAGAAGGAAAGAAAACUGCAGGACGUCCCCGAAACUCCUAUAUAGGACAAAUUAAAUGUGAUGCAAAAGUUAAAACCUUUAAGGAACUUAAAGAAAAGGCGAGUAACCGGUUAGAAUGGAGAAUCGGAGUUGUAAACCAACCGGGUUGA